AUGCCUGCGAACAUUCAUUCAAAGAAUCGAUACACUGCCAUGACGAGUAAUCCAGGUUAUCAAUCAAAUUCGAGUAGUGUUCGUUACACACCUUCGUCGAAAAUACAACAAUUACAAGGACAAGUCGAUGACGUUACAGAAGUAAUGAAAAACAAUCUUCGAUUGGAAUUGGAACGCGGUGGCAAGCUCGAUGAUCUAGAAGCGAAAUCUGAUAUUUUGAACGAAGGAUCUCGACAGUUUGCAAUUCGUUCGCAAAAGUUAAAAAGAACAUAUUGGUGCAAAAAUGUCAAGAUGUGGAUUCUUGUCGGUGUAAUCGUCACCGUAAUUAUCGUUAUUAUCAUUGUUGCUGCUGUUCUAAGCACGAAAAAGAAAAGUUAG